AUGCAAGGAGGAAGCGCGUGCCAGCAGGAGAGCGGAUCACAUGGCAGCAUCAGCUACAGCGCUGGGAUCAGCGCGUGCGAGAAGGGCAAGCAGUGGCAGCGGGCGCUGGCGCUGCUGAGCGAGAUGUGGGCGGCGAAGCUGGAGCCCGACGUCAUCUGUACUACAUCAGCUACAGCGCUGGGAUCAGCGCGUGCGAGAAAGGCGAGGAGUGGCAGCUGGCGCUGGCGCUGCUCAGCGAGAUGUGGGAGGCGAAGCUGGAGCAAUGCUGGGCUCAGCUACAGCGCUGGCAUCAGCGCGUGCGAGAAGGGUGAGCAGUGGCAGCGGGCGCUGGCGCUACUGAGCGAGAUUCAGCUACAGCGCUGGGAUCAGCGCGUGCGAGAAGGGCGAGCAGUGGCAGUGGGCGCUGGCGCUGCUGAGCGAGAUGUGGGAAGUGAAGGUGGAGCCCAACGUCGUCAGCUACAGCGCUGGGAUCAGCGCGUGCGAGAAAGGCAAGCAGUGGCAGCUGGCGCUGGCGCUGCUGAGCGAGAUGCGGGAGGCGAAGCUGGAGCCCGACGAAUUCAGCUACAAUGCUGGGACCAGCGCGUGCGAGAAGGGCAAGCAGUGGCAGCGGGCGCUGGCGCUGCUUCAGCUACAGCGCUGGGAUCAGCGCGUGCGAGAAUGGCGAGCAGUGGCAGCUGGCGCUGGCGCUGCUGAGCGAGAUGCGGGCAGCGAAACUGGAGCCCAACGACAUCAGCUACAGCGCUGGGAUCAGCGCGUGCGAGAAGGGCGAGCAGUGGCAGUGGGCACUGGCGCUACUGAGCGAGAUGUCGGAAGUGAAGGUGGAGCCCACCGUCAUCUCUCACCUACUAUGCUGUGAUCAGCGCGUGCGGGAGGGGCGAGCAUUGGCAGCGGGCGCUGGCGCUGCUAAGCGAGAUGCGGGAGACGAAGCUGGGGCCCAGCGUCCGCAGCUACAGCGCUGGGAUCAGCGCGUGCGAGAAGGGCGAGCAGUGGCAGCUGGCGCUGGCACUACUGAGCGAGAUGUGAGAAGUGAAGCUGGAGUCCAACGUCAUCUCUCCUACAUGGCUGGCAGAAGCGCGUGCCAGAAUCAGCUACAGCGCUGAGAUCAACCCGUGCGAGAAAGGCGAGCAGUGGCAGCUGGUGCUGGCGCUUCUGAGCUAGACGUUGGAAGCGCAGCUGGAGCCCAACGUGGCCGGCUACAGCCCUGCGAUUGGCGCUCUGUUGCUGAGAGGCAGAUUAGUCAGCUACAACGCUGUGGAACAGCGCGUGAGUGAAGGGUUGGCACUGGCAGCAGGCUCUGGCGUUGUCAAGCGAGAUGUGGGAGACGGUGUUCGGAUUCGGACGUUCCGAACUAUAGUGCUGGCAUCAGCGGGUGCAAGAAAGGACGAGCAGUGUCAGCCAGCGCUGGCGCUGCUCAGCGAGAUGCGGGAGGCGGCUCUGGAACCCAUUGCCAUCACCAAUUGCAGCUCUGGGAUCAGCUGGGCGAGACCGGCCAUCAAUGCCAGCAGGCUCUGUUGCUUAUCAGCGAGACGUGGGAGGUGAAGUCGGAGCCUCUCCUCAUCAGUUACAGCGCUGGGAUCAGCGCGUACGUCAAAGGCGAUCACUUGCAGCGUAGUUUGGCGCUGCUCGGGCAGAUGCGCGAGGUGACCCCCCCGCGACCCACUCCCGACCCACGCCCGACCCUCCCCCGAGCCACCCCGCGACCCGCCCGCGAC